GUCAAGGAAGGUGACAAACAGCAGCAACAGGUAUCCGUUGUCACAGCGCUUCCUGUGCCUAAUCCCACUCCUAUCACGACUCCUACUCCCCUUCCUAUUACUUCAUCAUUACCUCCUCUACCCGCGUCUGUGCCUAGUCCUCCCCACGACCCGUCCCAACAUUGCGGAAGAAAACUUCCAAAUGGAACGUCUUUGGCCGGAAGGAUACCCCCGCGAGCGCUUCGUCCCCAGCCCUCGCUAGCCCUCCUGUCAAUAAGAAGGGUGGCAAGAAGGAUCCGAGCGUUGAGGUUGUGGAAAACAUGAUUUUUGCGCUUGCUUCGCCUUCGUCGUCUACCUCGGUUGAUUCUUGGCGGGUAAGGAAUGCGUCGACUGAGGCUGUUGAGACCAUCGAUAAACCGUUGGGCAGCUUGUGGCGACAAAGACCCGAUGCUCGUCGAGGGCCCGCUCCUAAUCCAUCCCCCUCAUUCGCAUCCCCCAAUUGGCGGCAUCACCCUCCGCCACCACAUUCCAGCUCUUCCAUGACGGCUCUGUCACAAUCCCCUAUAACUCCUCAAACUCCUCAGUUCAUCAUGGCCUCUACUUCCUCUUCUCCCCAUCACAACUCGAAUUACGCAUCUUCGAUCUAUUCCACCGCGGGAACAAGCAUGAAGAGUUCCGGCUCGAGUACGUUUACGAGGUUCAGCAAUGCAUCAGUGUCGACGUUUGCUACGACUGUCUCUGCUUCGUCUGGGUCGACGCCCGUGAGUGUACCGGCUAGACCAGUUGUCACACGACCUUUACCUCGAAACGUUAAACCUUUGCAAGGUGUUCCGUGGCUCUUGGGUGAACCUCCACAGCGGACUAACGGCAAGAAGUCUGAGGGUGACGUUCGACGUCGAAAAGCCCAGCCUUCUAACCUUGAUCCAAUCUCUGAACGUCCGAAGAAAUGGUCUGGUGGAAGUGGGAGUGGGAGCGAGUCUGAGGGUGAGAGUUCCGCCGCCGCCACGUUGUCUACCACCGCUGCUACCACCGCUGCCGGUAGCAGCAGUGCUGGGACGGUGGGACAACAGCAACGACAAGGACAGACGCAACAGGCUCAGAGCUCAAGUCAGAGUCAGAGUCAAAGUUCGUCGGGUGGAGUGCCGAAGAAGGUACAGAAGGGUCAAAUUGCGACACUUGCAAAGGUGUUGUCCAGUAUUCGUCGCAAGGAUUGAGUGGGGCUUCUUCCUUUGAAGAAUCUUCUUUUUUUUCUCCCUCCUUUGAUUCUUUUCUGGUGGUCCCCCUGGUCUCUUUGCCUCCUCUCAUCGCACACACUUGUUGCAUAUCCUGCCUACUCCGCUUUUGAUUUCGUUCCUUGAGCCCA